UGAAUUCAGAGCUUCUUUAUCAGCCUUUCCUGAGAAUCAAAUUGAUGCAUUGGUAGACUCUGAUUUUGUAAAUUGGUACAAGUAUCAGAUCAAUAGUCGUGGGAUUGUCGACCCUUUGUUAGUAUCAUUAGCGUGGGGCCCUAGUGCCAGUGCCAUAGUGUGGCGGCAAUAUGUGAUAAACGGUUACACAUAUCACACAGCCGAUUACGGAGAGGGCCGACCAACAACGAACAGCGGGUUAUGUGUCCCGACCAUCGGUUAUGAUAACUCGGAAACCAAUUUUUUUGGUGUCCUGCAGGAGAUUCUGGAACUUGAGAUGCCUUCUGGUGCGAAAAAAUUGACAUGCGUUCUGUUCCGUUGCACAUGGGUCGACCCCACACGUGGCGUACGC